GGGGAGCUGGAGAAGGAGGAGCUUUUGGAGUUCUUGGUUUCGAAAAGUUUCACAAAUCCAUUAUAUUUCGAAUUGGCUCGUUGUGCGACAAACGCGCGCUCAGUGCUUUUUAACUGUGGUGAAUUCCAUUCAUCGGGGUUUUUGGGAUAACUAAUUUGAUUAACAAAUUCAUAAAAAUAAUGGGUGGCUACACGCAAAGACCAUGGACACCCACUAAAAGGAGAGGACCAAUAGCUGCUGAGUAUAACAGUCCAGGACCAGCCUGUGUGGCCUUACCAUCCUAUAUAGGAAAGAAAACAUUUGAGGCUAAAAGUGGACGUGCACCAGCUUUCAGCUUCGGAGCUAGACAUAAUGGAAAGUUGGAAAGUUUAGGACCCGGUCCUGGACAAUACAACAUCACAGGACUGAGCUCUAAAGGUAAAGACACACCCCCGGCACUGAGUUUACACAGCCGUCCCAAAGAUCACAAACCGGAAAACUUCCCAGCCCCUGGUGACUACGAUCCGGAUAAGGCAGAAAAGGUCAUCCACGAUGCUUCACCCAAAUUUUCUUUUGGCCUCAAAACUAACGUGGAAAAACCUACGGAUACACCAGCAGCUCCUAACACCUACAGCCCUUUUCGAAGAUCUCACAGUGCAAGGUAUUCCUUUGGACGCAGGACUACCGUCGUAAAGCCAUCUGAAACACCGGCACCGAAUUCCUAUGACGUUCCUCAUUGUGAUAACAUUCUUCGUAACCAUUCGCCCAGAUACAGCUUUGGGAGGAGGUCACAAAUGGGCAGCAUAUCUUCGACACCUGCACCUAACACUUACGAUGUUUCCGCAUCGGAUGAACUAAUCAAAGACCAUUCUCCCAGAUACUCAUUUGGUGUGAGGACAGGGUUGGCAAAACCUUCUAACACCCCUGCCCCAAACGUUUAUGAUGUACCCAAGUGCGAAAAAUUGAUCAAUGAUCACGCACCUAAAUAUUCAUUUGGCGUGAAAGUCAAUACUGAAAAACCUUCAGAAACACCUGCACCUAAUGUCUAUGACGUUCCUAAAUCAGAGAAGUUGAUCCAUGAUCACGCUCCCAAAUACUCAUUCGGAGUUAAAGUCAAUGUGGAAAAGCCUUCAGACACCCCUGCACCUAACGUUUACGACGUCCCAAAAUCGGAAAAAUUGAUCAAUGAUCACGCACCAAAGUACUCGUUCGGGAUCAAAACGAACACGGAUAAACCAUUAGACACACCUGCACCUAAUGUUUACGAUGUUCCAAAAUCCGAAAAAUUGAUCCAUGAUCACUCCCCACAAUACUCAUUUGGGAUGAAAGUUAACCUCGAAAAGCCAUCCGAUACGCCUGCACCAAACGUUUACGACGUUCCUAAGUCAGAGAAAUUAAUUCAUGACCAUGCACCUAAAUACUCAUUUGGGCAUAGGGUGAACUUGGAAAAGCCUUCUGACACACCUGCACCUAACAUGUAUGAUGUUCCCCAUAGCGAUCAACUUCUUAACGAUCAUGCUCCCAAAUACAGUUUUGGAAGCAAGCCAUCGUUGGAGAAACCUUCAGAUGUACCCGCUCCGAAUACCUACAAUAUACCUUCAGGGGUUGGUGACCUUAGAUCAGCACCAUCUUACACGAUUUCAGGAAGAAAUAAAGAACCUGUGGACGAACGGGUGAAGAAUCCUGGUCCAGGACAGUACGACAAUGUCGAUCCCGACCAUUAUAAGUCGAACUCUCCGGUUUAUACGAUAAGCGUCAGGACAAACAUACCAGGUGAUAAGAUGAACAUACCAGGACCUGGCGUUUAUUGUCCUGAGAAGGUGGAGUUGAACAACUCUCCAGCCCAUAGCUUCGGCAUAAGACACUCACCCUACUCAGCCCACUACUGAAAGACUAUCAUCAUCAUUCUUUUCCGGUUUAUCGAGGUCUAAUCACUAUUAACCUACACUUUUAAGAUCGUCAUUAAUUUCAGCUUCUUUAAUGGGUUACCUACCAUACAUUGUGAUGAUAAAAACGCCAAUCUGUCCAGACUAUAGCAUAGUUUUAUGCUGUUACUUUUAUUGUUAAUAUAUUUAUCUACUUAUAUAUACUGUUUUCGAAUAAAUCUAUAUAGACA